UGAAUUAGGGAAUUUUUCUAUUCGGAUAUGUUUCAGAGAUGUUCAUUUAAUUAGUAUUAAUUAAUACUCAACUAAUUAUAAUAAAAUUAAAAAAUCAUUUGCAACUGUCGAUGAUGGUAUCAUGGACUAUUUCGAAGCCAGAAAGGCUAAACUUAAAAAAAAAAACUGAAGACAUAGAGGAUCCUAAACGAAUGUUUUUACUAAGCUUACUACCAGACAUGAAAGCAAUGUCCGAUAGUCAGACGAGAACCUUCAAGCGAAGAGUGCUGACUUUGACACCGCCACAUCAAGUCGCAACCUAUAAUGCUGAAAAACAAGGUGCUUUUCUCUCUACGCAAGAGCUGCCGGUAUCAAAUGAACAGCAAGCCACACCAGCAUAUAAUAAUCACAUUUUGUCAUACUAUGAAUCAGUACCAUUUCUAAUUAAUACAAAAGAACAGAAUUAAAAGUGCAUUAACGAAUAAAAUAUUAAUUUGUGACUAACAGCCGCACUCAGAGAUGUUCAUUUAAUUAGUAUUAAUUAAUACUCAACUAAUUAUAAUUAAAUUAGUUAAUUGUACUUACCUCCCAGAGACGAAAUUUAACGGUCCGUUAGUUAAUUAUAGCUUUAAGUAAUAAUAGGACGGUGCAUAUUAUCGAAACGCAUGUCGAUACAGUGUAGUAUUGCCACACGCAUUAAGUCAUUGAAAUAAUGUUUGGGUAAAGUAGUUUUUACACCCAAAUAUUUAUAUUUUCCAUUAUAGUUGAAGUAAUUUACGUAAAUUCUUGUUGUUUUCACUUAAAAUAUGUACAAAUGAAAUAAAUAAAACUAAACAAACUAACAAUUCGAUGAUUUUUGAAUACGGCGACACCGAACGCUAUUGUCAUUGUCAAACUAACAUUUAAAAUUGAAAAUUUGUGUUUUUGUUUACGUUCGUGUUAAAUGAGUUAUUUUAUUUAUAUUUGGAAUUAUCUGGAUUAAUAAUGAUAAGUACCAUUAUUUGCAUAUUAUCAAUAAAUAAAAAAUACACUCGUGUUAAAUCCAACUUUUAAUUUUAGAAAGAUAUUCACAAUUAAUUACAAUGUUCUACUAAACAUCUGUGAUCUUUGAUAACAAUAUAAAUAUUUUAUUCUAUUUUAGCAUGUGAAGAUGUUAUAGAAAUGCAUACAGCAACCUCUAAAGGCAGCAAUUAUGAACUUGCUGAGAAACGCAAACCAUCGGAUUACAUUCGAAAAGAAGGAGUUCAACGGUUAAAAUACUUUGAAAUAAAGAAGGAAAUUGAACUCCAAAUAUUAAAAGCAAAGGUUCGUACUUGUUUGCAUUUUUUAAUACCUACAUUAACAUUAUAA